CGUCCAGCACAUAGAUGAAACUCUCGGAACAAAACAAAUCCCAUCAGGACAGUACAGUAGCCCAGCGAAGUGAAGUGACGUGGCUCAGUCUUUGGACCACUCGACGCAGAAAUUGAUGAUUAAUUGUGGAAUGUAAGAUGUCGGACAAGGAAAGCCCAACAGACCCUGCGACCGAUGGACUGCAGGAGCAGACGUCCCCCAGCCCCUCCGACAACUCAAACGAGGCGGCGAGCGAGAUCGCCCCCGACGUCGCACCCACACGCAAGAUGCGCAGACGGCCGGAACACAAAGUGCCCCCAGCGGACGUUCCCAAUGCAGCGGAGAAAUCCGAAGCCACAGCAGAGGUUCUGAAGGCAUCCAGUGAGACGGCAGUGCAGCAGGGUGGAUGGGGAUACUGGGGAAGCUGGGGGAAGUCGCUGCUCUCCACAGCAACGGCCACCGUGGCAACCGUAGGCCAAGGCCUGUCCCAGGUGAUUGAGAAGGCAGAGACCACGCUGGGGAUCCCCAGCCCAGAGGAGCUGUCUGCACAGGCUCCGGAGGACAGCAGCAGCACAGACGCAGGGGGCACUGUUGGUGCUGAGGCUGAGGGUGACAUGGCGAUGGCAGGUGCCCUGGGGAUGCUGUCAUCCCUCACCAGCGUGGUGCAGAACACAGGUAAAACGGUCAUCACGGGCGGCCUGGACGCACUGGAGUUCAUCGGGAAGAAGACGAUGGACGUGAUCGCCGAAGGAGACCCGGGAUUCAAAAAGACCAAGGGCCUGAUGAUCAGAACUUCCACACUCUCACAGGUCUUGCGGGAGGCUAAGGAGCGAGAGCAGCAGCAGCAGCAGCAGAUGGGCGAUGAGCUCUCCUCGGACAUGGAGAAGAAGGCCCACUACGGCAUGCUGUUUGACGAGUUUCAGGGUCUGGCCCACCUGGAGGCGCUAGAGAGCUUGUCCAGGGAGAGUGAGAUCAAGGUGAAGUCUGUCCUGACCUCCAUGUCUGGGGACGAACUAGCCCAGCUCAAGCACCAUCUGGAGGAGAUCAAAGAGCCCUUCUCCCUGGAGGAGUUCGAUGAUGACGAGGACGACUCAAAAGAGGACCGUGACGGGGUGGAGUUUGUGAAGGAGUUAACAGACGCUAUGAGUCGUUUGCAUUUGUCCACUACAGCAGACAAACUCAGUCAGGCUACAACAAAUGUGCACAACCGCAUCGCUGAUAUCAAAUCGGCCACAGCGUUGCCGCCGCAGGAAGAGGAUGGGACUGAGGAGAAAGCUGUACCAAAGUGCUCUACAGAGGAAGUGCACUCCUCGGCUAUCAGAGGCCUAGCAGAGCUCACGGCGAAGUCCAUCGAGCAGUUCCACAAGGUGGCCCAGGUGACGCUGCACAGCGGCAGCAACAGCGCGGAGGUGGCCACUCUGGAGCAGGCCCGAGUCCUCGCUCAGAUCACGGUUCUGCUGUGUAAGGAGAUCUCUCUCCUCUCAAAGAGCUUCACUUCCUGUCUCACCAGUGUAGGGGCAAAUGAAAAAGGGGAGGUCCUCAACCCACUGAUAACUGGAGUCUUUCUGGAGGCGUCCAACAGUGCCUCCUAUAUCCAGGAUGCCUUCCAGCUCCUCAUGCCCGUGCUGGAGCUGGCCCACAUCCAGAGGACGAACGACGCUGCCAAGUAGACGCUGCGCCCACCCACCACACCUGUUGUGCCCGCCAUGCCAUCUCGCCGUGCCAACACAGGACUUCAUGCCCUCAACACAGGACCCUCUAAGCCCUCUCCUCUGGAAAGGGAGCGGGAGGGGGCAUUGCUCCAGAGUCCGAUACUACAGUGUGUUUUUAUGAGGGGGAAGCGGUAACAGUAAAUGCCAUCAGGAUAUGAAGAUGGCCUUAAUUAUCAAAGACCUAUCAUGGUCACUCCUGUUAUAAACAUUUGCUCAUUAAGCAAAUAUAAAGUCAGCCCUAAUGUAAACAUUUGCUCAUUAAGCAAAUAAAAAGUCAGCCUUAGUAUAAACAUUUGCACAUUAAGCAAAUAUAAAGUCAGUUCUAUUAUAAACAUUUGCUCUUGAAUAAUAUAUAUACUUUUAUAAUAAUAAAAGUUUAAGCACACUCAUAAGAACCAAGAUCUAUAGUGUCCUCUCCAGAAUAGUAAAACAUGUAAGAAGCCAAGAACUUACCCUGUGACCAGGAAUGGAUUGUUUUUUAAAAUAUUUCCAAAGUCAGAAUGGACAAUUGUUAGAUAUUGCAAGGAACAAGUCACAGAAAAUGCACUGUUAAAACUGCUCAUAACUAGACUAGUGUUUGGCCUAAGAAUAAAACGGUUGUUUAGGUACAGUAGUGUCUAAGAAAAUGUAGAUAAUUAUUAGUCUUUUGCCUUCCCCAUGUGUCAUUCCUAUACAUUUGCAACAUUUAGCAGAUCUGCAUCUGAUGCAAAAAUCAUUCGACUAAUUAAGGUCUAAGAUGGGUCUAAGAAAACUGAAGAUUUUCAACACAUCAUAGACUGCAAAAGCGAUUGCCCCAAAGUAUUUUUAAUGAUUCAAAAACAUGGCCGUAUAUAUAAAGUGGGGAAAUAAUAGUGUGAUGAUGCUCUGCUCAAAUGUGUGACUGAUGCUGAUCUUUCAAUGUAAUUGUACAAUUUUACAAGCAGUUUUACUGGUGCCACAUACAAUGUUCCUUAUGUACUAUGCAUAACAUUGUUCCAGUUAGACACAACAAUUGACUUUAUAUAUAUAUAUAUAUAUAUAUAUAUGGCAUAAGGUAUUUUCACCAGUCAGUAAAGGAAAAGUUCAGACAGGGUGAACAAGAUCCCAACGUCUAGAGGAGGGGCAAGUGGAAUUACUUAACAUAGUGGCAUUGUCUUUUAUUUUGCAAGGAUUUGCUGGCUCUCACUACGACAGUAUACACACGUGUCAGUGUUGAGUUUUCCCAGUGCCCUGGGUCUAAUUUAUGGAUAUAUACAUUGUCUGUAUUUUUGGAAUAAAUAUGCCUUCUUAAUUAA